CACGCCGCCUUGCACCACCACACCCCGCAGUCCGCAGUCCCGUCCACAGCUUCCCCCCUACCAGCACAACCGAUGGACAAACUCCUCUCGCGGGCUCUCCGGGCCAAAACGCAAGCCGCGCGGCGGCUGAAAAAGGUGAACGAGACGAACGACCGACGCCGGCUCAACAACGCCCGCAAGGAGCACGCGGCCUUCCACAAGGCGCUCAACGUGGACCGGCGCACCUCACGCUUCGAGGAGAAGGAGGACCACCGGCUUGGGCCGCUCAGGCCCCGCCGCGCCGUGGGAAAGGAGGAGCUCGAACGUCUCGGCGCUUUCGAACAGCAUCGCGUCGUUCCUCCCCCCGUCCCAUGGGAGAAUCGCAUCAAGUAUUGGAAUAUCGUCGAGAAGGAUCGCGUCGUUAUCCUUAAGGGCCCUGAUAGGCACAAGAUCGGUGUCGUCAAGAGUUUGGAUAAGGGCAGUAAUUCGUUGACCGUCGAGGGCAUGAAUAUGAUUCCCAUGAAAGUCCCCGACGUCUUCCGGUCUAUCGACGCGAACCAGCCGUCGGUACUAUUCCGCGAGUCGCCGAUCCACUACGACGACGUGCGGCUAGUGAUCCCAGUUCUCGACCCGAAGACGAACAAGCUGCAAGACACGGUUGUAGCGAAGGUGGCGAUGUCGAAGGUGUUCGUCGACAAGGCUGAGGGGGGCGUCCCGGAGUGGUCACGGUACAUCUCGGGCACCACCACCGAGAUCCCGUGGCCCGAGAAGGAGCCCGAGAAGGAGCACUUCGACCAGCCCGCUGAUUCCCGCAUCAUGCACGUCGAGACCACUACCUACGUGCCGAAGCUGCUCGAGCCGCCGUUCCCCAUGUCCGUCAUGGACGAGCUGAGGAAUAAGUACUCCAAGUUCAGGAUGAGGCACGAGCCGGAGUACAUUGCCGACAUCGAGCGCGCCGAGAGGAGGCGGCUGGCGAAGGCGGGCAUCCAGGUCUCCACGCCGGUGCAGGAGCUCAACAGGUCGCUCAGGGCCGAGAAGAAGGCGCGCGGACCACCGGUCAUGACCGAGAGCAUCAUGGAGCAGAUUGGAAGGGUGAUGGCACAGAACAGGCCGGAAUUACUGGAAAAGGUGCAGCACCAGGAUGUGGGCGUGGAUUAGAGGGGGGAGGGUUGCGUUGGGAGCUUUGUACUAUUCAUGUAUGUAUAGAUAGGGGGAAAGGGUGAGUCAAAAGCACUAUUCAUCCGUCUUCUUCAUAGCCCUC